AUGGGCAUUCAGAGAUCCCGGGUCCUCCGCCAGCGCGCAGCCCUGCGGCUCUCUGCCCGGCCGCUACAACGAAUCCAGAGUUCCACGUCACAGCCACGCCACCCGCGCCGGCACCGGCCCUGGUCCCUCGGGUCUCUAUCGAAUGCCUCCGAGAUCCAAGGAGCUGGAGGGGGCCGGGGCCCCCAGUUAUCCUCUCAGCGGGUCGCCUGCCGACCAGUGUCUCCCUAUGAGGUCCCAGGGAAGGAGCCCAAAGCUGCCCGCGGCACGGCCCAGGCCGGAAGCCCACGGAGCAGAAACUCCGGGGCUGGCGCUGCGAGCCCCCCGCAACGAGCCUCCGGGAGGCCACCUGUCGACUCGAGCUGCCAGGCUCACUGCCAGUGGGGCGGGGGGCGCGCACGCCGUGAGGCCAACGGACUCCUCCAGAGGACCAAGGUCGCCGCGCAGGCAUCCGCUACUCUCCCGCCUGGGGGGGAAAUCGGGAUUCUAGUCCCCCCCAGCUGUGCGACCCCGCGGGGCGCAGGGAGGCUGGGGCUGCACCCACCUCACGGUGGGGGGGGGCGCGGAGAGGGGGAUUUGGGCCCCGCCGGCUCGCGGUGCCUAAUCGCUGAGCCGGAGUUAGCGGCCCCCGCCCGGCGGUCAUUUCUAAACCCUGGAGGAGUGGCGGGGCUGGGGGAAGGGAAAACGAACGGCUCAGCCUGGGGGGCUCGCGAUUCCUCCCUCCGGGCGGCAUCUUCACCUCCCCAUACCCCAGGAUGUGCGGACCCAAGAGGCGCGUCCAGCCGCCCGCCCCGAGCAGGGCGCUCACACGAGCUAGUGGACGCGGAAGGAGGAUGUGUAGCUGCGCGCUCGGAGGCUCCUGGGAUGGGGCGACCGCGAAGCAGUGGGAGGCUGGAGGACGGCUCUCCCCCGAGACUGGGCGGGGCUGCCGCCGGUCAGCAGAGAGGGGCAAACCCGUCCGACGCUCAGCAAAGGGUCUACGAAACCAGCUCUCCCAGGCGGACGCUCCCCACGCCCAGCCGGGGCCGCCUCCAAACCAAGCGCUUCCCCCCCCCCCCCAGGCCACCAGGGCGGCGGAACGCGGCGCGCCCCAGCGAGGCUCCUGGGCGGCGGCGCUGGGCCCUCCCGGGACGACCUCGCCCGGGGAUCAGCACGGAGCGCAGAGACACCGCUGGGGGCCGUUUCCAGGGGCCUGGGCACCGCCGCGUCACCCCCGAGGUCCGCCCGGCCGUCUGCGCCCCGGGUUGGGCACGGCGCGCUCCGGGGCCCGCCCGCCUCCGCCACCCCGCCCGGCCACUUACCUGCGCGGUCCCGGCUGGGCGCGCAGCCUUGCAGCUUCGCUUCGAGUGCACUCAGGGUACAAGGCGAACCGGUCCUCGUGCCAAGCAGGCAGACCGACGGGACUUGGGGCGCGCCAGGCCCGCCGAGGGCGGACCGGGAGCCUCCAAGACACCGCGCGGGAGGAGGCGGCCCGAGCCCAAGCGCGGCGGGGGAACAAAGAGGAGCCGGGAUGGGGCGGCGCGCUUCCUGGGUGUCGGGAUGGGAGAGGCCCGGGGCCCGAAGCCGGAUGGGCAGGGUGCGCGGGUGCUCCCGGACAGCGCGGCCGAAGCCAGGCGACGGGCUGGGGCUCAGGGAUUCAGGGUUGGACCGAGUGCGGAGAUCGAGACUCCGGCGGGUUUUACCUCCCCGGCCCCGCCCUCACCCUCGCUCCGCGCGAUUGGCCCAGGCACGCCCGACCGGAUUGUGAAGACGCAGAGCCCCGCCCGCCGGCCCGCCGCUCAGGGGCCCGGCUCCCGCCUCCAGCCCGGCUUCCUGCCCUCUGGCUUGGGUGCAGCUGCCGAGGUGCCCCGAUGUCCCGAAUCCCCGCCGCCCUCCAAGCCCAGCGUUGCCGAAGUGUAUGAAGCACAGCUCCCUGAAACCCGGAGCCGGACUGGGGGAGGGAAGGUGCGUUCAGAGCUGGGAAGCACGGUGGUGGGGCCCCAGGACGGAUCCGCCGGCUCCCGGCAGGAAGGUGUGUGGGACCGACUCGUCUCGGCAGGAGCACUCGGACCGGGUGGAGCAGGGCUGGUGGGAAGAAGAGGGGCUGCUUCCCUCGGGGUCUCCGCCACGUUCUCACCCACCCAUCCUUGCCAGCUCUGCAGUCUCACAGGUGUCUGGCCACCGCCGCCGCCGGGAACAAAGGCUGCCUGUCCCGGAAGGGGGAGGGAAGCCGCCCCCAGACCCGUCCCAUCCCCCUCCUUCCCCACUGCGGCGGCGGCUCCCCCGGGAGGGGGCGGGGCGGCCCGGCUUGAGGCGCGGAGGCGGAUUAGGUCCCUUGCACCCGCCCUCCGCUCCGAUGCUACCGGGAGCAUUCCGAGGGGCGGGGCAGGGGCCGGGGGACUCCCGGGCUGUCAGCGACGGAUGGCCCCUUCUUCCUUACCCAGCAUCCCGAGCCCUGGUGCCCCCCGUCCCCUGCCACUUUGGGCGCCCUCCCAGUCCCCACCCGCCCGGCGGCCCCAGACGGCAGCCGCAGGUCAAAACCAGAUUAGAAUAAAGCGACAGUUAGCACCCUGUCCUGGGUUCCCGCGAAGGAAGAGAGUGCACAGUGGAGGUGUCUAUAGUGGCCCCCCAGCCGCGCUGGGAGGGGCCGACGGUGACUGUGCGCUAGGCCUGGGCCGCGGGGCGCGGGGACCCGGACGCGGAGAUAAGGAGCGAGGUACCAGGCUGGACAGAACCCAGGGGGAGAAAGGGUCCACCCUAACCCCUCCCGGGACGCUAGCAUCCCCCUGCCGCGUAACUGCUCCGGGCCUGCCUGAUGGCUCUCCGCCCGCCGCGCCCUACCUGGUCCCCGGGACCGUGGGAGGCCGGGCGCGGCAGCGAGGGCGACCGAGCCGGGCGCGCAGGCCGCCGGCUGCCGUGGCCCAGCGGCCGCCGCGCCCCUUUAUAGCGCAUGCCCCGCCCGGCCAGCGCCCCGCCCGGCCAUUCACCUGCUGUCGAGAACCCGACACCGCACCGCGGAACGCGAGCCCGGCCUGCGCGGCCCUGCCGUCGGAGCUGGCGGGUGGGGCGCCACCGAGACGGCUUGGGUUUCCCCCUUUCCUUAACUACGAGUUUGAAAGGAGAGCUGGUCUGAGCCCGGGAGCCAGCCGCGCGUCCGCCCCCGCGCGCCCCGAAGCCCCCAGCUCCAACCCGGGGGGAGUUGGCCAGACUGGUAACCAGAGCUGGACCCGGCGGUCAUGGGUGGCCCCCGGGGACCCGAUACCCCGGAUCGCUUUCCGCUCUGGGCGCGGGCAAGGGGGACGCGGCCGGGCAGAACCAGGAGCCCCACUGGGCUGCCCUGCACCGCGCCCCUGCGCCCCCAGUUUAGGAGGGACCGCUGUCUGCCUUGCCAACCCCCACCCGGAAGACUCAGCGCGGCCCCCACCAGCCUGGAGGCGACCCUUCUCUCUCCUCGCCUCUGGCCUGUCUCCCAGGCCAUCAGGGUUCCUCAACGGCCCGGUCCCCACCCACUCUGCUUCCCUAACUCCCAGCCCCUCGCCGUCCAUGGUGGUCUCCGUGGUGCUGGAGAUGCUGGGCGAGGAGGCCAUCCACCCUGGGCUCCCUCUCCCUUCCUGCUCCGCGCGCGAGGCUGGAGGGAGGGACGUAUGGAGUACAGCCCCCACCCUGACAGACCGGUGUGGAGCGAGACUGCUCGGUCCCCACGCUGACCGGGGCUCCCGGCUCCAUGGCACGAGUAACUAG